AUAAAGUUUUUUUACUUUUGAAAAGAGUAUUGUGCUUAAUGCUUUGUAUACAGAACGAAAAUUCAUCAACUUUUCUUGCAUAAAAGUUUUUUUAGCACAUCUCAAUGCAGCAGAAUGGCUCACGAUGAUUCUGCUUAUAAAUAUACACUCAAUUCUGAGCAAAAUCACCGACUUCAUUCUAUUCUCAAUCCUCAACUUUUUUACUUGAACAAAAUAUUUACUGAGCAUUGUUUUCAGUUAAGACUUGUUGGAGGAGUCGUUCGAGAUAUUUGUCUCAACAAAUGUCCUGGUGACGUAGAUUUGGCCACCAACGCCACUCCCGCACAAGUUUCUGAUCUUUUCAAGAGCGAAAAUGUUCGUUUUUAUGAAACUGGUCUUCAGCACGGCACCAUCACGGCAUUAGUUUCUAAACAAACUUAUGAAAUAACAUCACUUCGUACCGAUAUAGCAUGUGACGGCCGUCACGCGGUUGUAGAAUUUACGGAGAAUUGGCGUUUGGAUGCUGAAAGAAGAGACUUGACUAUUAACGCAAUGAGUUUGAGUUUUGAUGGUUACCUUUAUGAUUAUUUUAAUGGAAGAGAACAUUUAAAGCUUGGCAUUAUCCGGUUUGUUGGUUCGCCGAUGCGUAGAAUAUGCGAAGAUUACUUAAGAAUUCUUCGGUAUUUUCGUUUUCACGGCCGCGUGUCUCUCACAGACGACUACGAUGAAGACAUCAUCAACGCUAUUGAGCACUUAAAAAAUGGACUUCGAACUAUUUCAGGGGAAAGAAUAUGGAACGAACUUCAAAAAAUACUAACCGGCCCGCGAAACGUUAAUAUUAUGAAGUGCAUGUUUGACUGCGGGGUUUGCGAGUGCAUUCAGUUGGUUAAUCGCAACAGGCUUACUUCAUUGGCCACUGUUUCCAUUUUCUCCUCCAAUCCGGUGUCGUUGUUGGUAUCUUUAUUAGAAACGUCAGAGGAUUUUCUUUGCGUCCAUAGACGCUGGAAUCUGUCUAAUAAUGAAAAAAAUUUAGGUCUUUUUAUUCUUCAACAUCGCGACGCUUUCAAAGACUUUCUCUUUGAAGAAAAAAAUAAACUUUCUCGACGACGCUUUAAAUACGCCACCGAUUUGCUUGUCGAUAAAGUGAAGCUUCUUUUUGUUCACGAACUUUUGCUUUAUUGGGGUGAUCCCGAAAGUGCGCAGGUACUAAUUGAUUUUGAAAUUCCCGACUUUCCUGUCUCGGGAAAUGACGUCAUUGCUUGCGGCAUUCCACGUGGCAAACUGGUAGGUGCUACCUUACAAAAACUUAGAACGUACUGGAAAGAAAGUUUUUAUUCUUUUACUAAAAAAGAGCUUCUGAAAAAAAUUGCAGCGGAAAGUAAUGAUAAUAAUAUUAAUAAAUGA